UGGGAACUUGCAAGGCAUUCUGGGUACUGUCAUGGUGACUCGCGGCGGAUGGGAACGAAGCGUUUCACUACCUGUUACAGUUUUGUUGUGGUCGCAGCAUUUUGAGAAGGUUUGGUAACUUUUGGAUAACCUCGCCAGAAACAUGGCAUCCACCGCGGCAGGUAAACAGCGGAUACCGAAAGUGGCGAAGGUGAAGAAUAAAGCUCCCGCAGAGGUCCAGAUCACUGCUGAGCAGCUUCUGCGGGAAGCCAAAGAGAGGGAGCUCGAACUUCUUCCGCCGCCACCAAAACAGAAGAUCACUGAUGAAGAGGAGCUGAACGACUACAAACUGAAGAAGAGGAAGGGCUUUGAGGACAACAUUAGGAAGAAUCGCACGGUUAUCAGUAACUGGAUAAAAUACGCACAAUGGGAGGAAAGUCUGAAGGAGAUCCAGAGGGCUCGCUCCAUCUACGAGCGAGCACUGGACGUCGAUCACCGCAACAUCACUUUGUGGCUCAAGUAUGCCGAGAUGGAGAUGAAGAGCCGCCAAGUGAACCACGCCCGCAACAUCUGGGACAGAGCCAUCACCAUCCUGCCACGUGUCAACCAGUUCUGGUACAAGUACACCUACAUGGAGGAGAUGCUGGGGAACGUGGCGGGCUGCCGGCAGGUGUUUGAGCGCUGGAUGGAGUGGGAGCCUGAUGAGCAGGCCUGGCACUCCUACAUUAACUUCGAGCUGCGCUACAAGGAAGUGGACAAAGCCCGCACCAUUUAUGAACGAUUCGUGAUGGUUCACCCUGAAGUGAAGAACUGGAUCAAGUAUGCUCGUUUUGAAGAGAAGCACGGCUACAUCGCUCACAGCAGGAAGGUGUACGAGAGGGCGGUGGAGUUCUUCGGAGAGGACCACAUGGAAGAAAACCUCUUUGUGGCCUUUGCAAAGUUUGAGGAGACUCAGAAAGAGUUUGAACGUGUUCGAGUGAUCUACAAGUAUGCAUUGGACAGAAUCCCAAAACACAAGGCGCAGGAGCUCUUCAAGUACUACACAAUGUUCGAGAAGAAGUUUGGAGACCGGAGGGGAAUCGAGGACGUCAUCGUCAGCAAGCGAAGGUUCCAGUAUGAGGAGGAAGUAAAGGCAAACCCACACAACUACGACGCCUGGUUUGAUUACCUCCGGCUGGUGGAGAACGAUGCUGACCCCGACACAGUGAGAGAUGUUUAUGAGAGAGCCAUCGCCAACAUCCCCCCCAUCCAGGAGAAGAGACACUGGAGACGUUACAUCUACCUGUGGAUCAACUACGCUCUGUACGAAGAGCUGGAGGUCAAGGAUUCUGACAGGACAAGGCAGGUGUACCAGGCCUGUCUGGAUCUCAUCCCACACAAGAAGUUCACUUUUGCUAAGAUUUGGCUGCUCUGCGCUCAGUUUGAGAUCCGGCAGAAGAAUCUGCAGGCAGCCAGAAAAAUCAUGGGCACAGCCAUCGGUAAAUGUCCCAAGAACAAACUGCUGAAGGGCUACAUUGAGCUGGAGCUGCAGCUCCGCGAGUUCGACCGCUGCAGGAAGCUCUACGAGAAAUACCUGGAGUUCACUCCAGAAAACUGCACCACCUGGAUCAAGUUUGCAGAGCUGGAGACGAUCCUGGGAGACACAGACAGAGCCCGCGGCAUCUUCGAGCUCGCCAUCGGACAGCCGCGACUGGACAUGCCCGAAGUGCUGUGGAAGUCCUACAUCGACUUUGAGAUUGAGCAGGAAGAGUAUGGAAACACCCGAAACCUUUACAAAAGGCUGCUGCAGCGCACUCAACAUGUCAAGGUAUGGAUCAGCUACGCCAAGUUCGAGCUGUCCAUCGACGGCCCCGACAGGCUGCAGAGGUGCCGGCAGAUCUUCGAGGAGGCCAACAAGAGCUUGAGGAACUGCGAGGAGAAGGAGGAGCGGCUGAUGCUGCUCGAGUCCUGGAGGGACUUUGAGAAGGAGUUUGGCACCGACGGCACCAGGGAGAGAGUGAGGAAGCUGCUGCCGGAGAAGGUGAAGAAGAGGAGGAAGCUGACGGCAGAUGACGGGUCGGACGCAGGUUGGGAGGAGUACUACGACUACAUCUUCCCCGAGGACGCCGCGAACCAGCCCAACCUCAAACUGCUGGCCAUGGCCAAGAUGUGGAAGAGGCAGCAGUUGCAGGAAAAUGACAGCGAGGUUCCAGAAAAAGAUCCAGCUGCUGAAGAGACGCCGCCGCCGACGUCCUCUGAUGCACCCGCGGGUCCUCCUGAAGACGCAGCCACCGAUACAGAACAGGAGAAGGCGUACGACGAUCGGGACGACAGCGACAGCAGCAGCAGCAGCAGCGAGAGUGACAGUGAUGACCAAGAUGACAAGGAGAAGGAGGCGAAACAGAGCAGGAGCGGAGACGAAGAUAAAGAUUAGACUUUUGUCCUGGACUGAUUUUUCUACUGACACAAGCAACAGAGCCAGCUCACGAGCACGAGCUCACGUCUUUAUUCUAUGUUCUUUUCCACUGUGCCGUCACACACACAGACUCCUACUCGCCUGCUGUAUGAUCUCUCAAUUAAUCUUUGAUUUAGAAUUUACAGGAAAUUAGGUGAUUCGUUUGUUUGGGGGAAAUUAAAAUUUGUACAAAUCA